AUGAAGCUUUUUGCUUCUCUCCUGCUUUGCGCUCUUUCGUAUGUCUACGCCCAAUAUUGCUGUCAGGGCUCGCCACUCGGAAGUUUGUUGUUUGAAUCUGGUCACAAAUCUCAAGAUCCACCGAUUUCUAUCUUAGCUCUUUGGUCUGCCAACGAGAAAUAGAAAUUUUCUUUCCAUUCGAAAGAAUUUUUUGCUCGACCCCUCCACUUUAUUAGAAGGUUAAUAUUUGCAGUUUGCGUGAACGGGAUGUGUCCCAACGGAACGAUGUGCAACGGCGGCGUUUGCUGUGAGUGAGAGUCUCAGAUUCAGGACCCAAUUAGAAAAAAAUAUUUAUAACUGCAGGCGCGGCUAAAUAUUUAACUCGCACACAGGCGAAUCGAGAAGGUAACAUAAUGUGUCCACAAAGGUACGGCUCAAAAUGGAUCGUGAAGCUUACCCCAUAAUGUGUCCAUCGUGAGACCUCCGGCAUACCUUUUAGCUAUAACUGAGCCACCUCGGAGGUACUUUAGAGUCUCCUUCAAGUCUAUCUCAUUUUGCUCGAUUUCCUCAGAGGAAUACUCGAGGUACCAUCGAUAGACUUCAGAGCCUGCGAUAUACCUCAGAGGGUUUCGCGAUACCCUUUCUCCAUUCGCAUAUGUCGAGAUACCCUUUCUCGAUUCGCCUAUAAAAUUAAAACUUAAUUUUCUCUCAUUUAAAUUUUUUUUUGUUUUUAUAUUUCAUGAAACUAUCAAGUUUCGUAGAGCGAUUUUAAUUACGAGUAAACAAAAUCAGUUUCAGGAAAAUCAGAAAAAAAAAGCCUAAAACAAGUUCUUCAACCAUAAAAUCGUCGAAAUAUUAGUCAUUUUCCCUGUGAUUCAGGCCCCGGCUGCUUCGACACGUGCUACGACUGCUACCUAUAUCUGCAAUACUGCAACAACCCGUACUACGCGUGUGCCAUGAGCGGCUGCCAGGCUUCCUGUGGCAAAUGCCACCCGUGA